CCCACUUCCACCAGGCACCCAUCAGGGCCAUCACCUCCAACACUUCAACUCAACAUACCGAAAUCUCGGGCAAUAUUCUUGCGACAGGAUCCUCUGAAACGGUAGGAUACACUUGUUACAGUCACCUUUCAAUGCUUAUUCCACGACAGAGACGAAAGUAUUGGCCGUUCACCAUGCCCUCCAGCUUUCUCAAGACCCGAAGAUGACGUCAAGCCCGAUGCUCCACGAUGGUCUCCAGCUUCAUCUCCACCUACCCGAGGUCAUUGACCGCUCGCACGACGCAAUGGGAACCGCGCCGAUGAUUCCGGACUUUGUCAGCACACCAGGCCCCGCGUAGCAAGCGACCCGGCAAACCUCAUGGCGUCGGGAAGCAUCUGGCCCAAAAAUACCACGAGGAAAGUAACCAUCUGAGGUUCAACCUGCAUCUGUACCUGCCUCCCACCCGAAGGAUGGGUGGCGGGAGGGCACACCACACGUGCGUGCAGGGCCUGGCGAUAUUGCCCAGCUGGUGACUUCGGCACGAGGGCUCCAUCCGACCUGAUGAUGUUACGCGACUGGGGCAAGCCCAUCACGCUGCCGAGCCGGCAAUGUUCAACUCGCCAACAACAGGCUGAAUAGCACCAGGAAUCAUAACGGCCGGAUUGGUCUAGAUUUGGUCGUAUCGCGGGGACGAGCCGUUGGGCAAAGUGGAUAUGCUAGGGUUUAUGGCUACAAAGAGACCAAUGACGGCCCGUGAGUGGUGGAAUCUGACCCCUGGAGGACGUUGCAUCUUGGCAAGAGGGGGAGAUGGGGAAGAUGGGGGACGACCCAAGCAAGUGGAUGUCUGGAUAAAUUGAGUUGGAGAAUUGCAUCCAGGGCCGGUGCUACUUUCGACGAUCCAUUGCUACGACGGCCGGGCGAGCAUCAGAAGUUAAAAUGUAGGUGCCGUCGUCAGUGUAAACAUGACUUGACGCACCCUCAGUCAGCACCGCCCAAUCCUUCAAGAUGCGGAGUUUGUUGUGGCUCGCGGUCGUCGGCCUUGCCGUCGCCGAAGACGGUCUCGCUGCCUGGCUACGAUAUGCUCGCGUCCCGAGUGCCUCCCGCCAUCUCGGCAAACUGCCUUCCGCCGUCGUCACUCUCAACGCCACCAAGGGAUAUCCCGUCCAUACCGCUGGACAGGAGCUGGUGGACGGCAUCGGCGGUCUUUUUGGCAAGAAGUUGACUGUUGCAAAAUCAAAGCCCAAGGGUACCACUGCCACCGUUGGCACCGUCAGCGCAUACGUCGACAAGAACCCUUCUGCUGCCAAGGGUCUGCCUGACCUCGUCGAGGAUGGCUUCUACCUCAAGAUCUCCAAGGGCAACGUCCUGAUCCUCGGUCAAAACGAGCGCGGUGCCCUCUACGGUGCCUUCCACUACCUCUCCGUCAUCGCCCAGGGCAAUGUGUCCGACUUUACCCUCACCUCCAACCCCGAUGCGCCAGUCCGAUGGGUGAACCAAUGGGACAACAUGCAAGAUGGUGGCACUCAUGGCAGCGUCGAGCGUGGUUAUGGCGGUGACUCCAUCUUCUUCUGGGACGGACACAUUCGCGAGGACCUCACCCGCGCCGGUCAGUACGCCCGGCUGUUGGCUUCCAUUGGUAUCAACGCCGUCGUCGCCAACAAUGUCAAUGCCAAUGCUUCGAUCCUCACCCCCGAGAACAUGGACGGUCUCGCUCGCAUCGCCGACGUCUUCCGCCCCUACGGUGUCCAGCUUGGUGUCUCGCUCAACUUCGCCGCUCCUCAGCUUCUCGGUGGGCUUGAUACCUUCGACCCCCUUGACAAGACUGUCGUCAACUGGUGGCAGGGCAUCGCCGACAACCUCUACAAGCGCAUUCCCGACAUGGCGGGUUACCUCGUCAAGGCCAACUCGGAAGGCCAGCCCGGUCCCAUGACAUACAACCGCACCCUGGCUGAUGGCGCCAACCUGUUUGCGCGCACUCUCCGGCCCCACGGCGGUAUCAUCCUUUUCCGCGCUUUCGUCUACGAUCACCGCAGCUUGAACCAGACUUUGGACUGGAAGGCUGACCGCGCCAACGCAGCCGUCAACUACUUUGACGGUCUCGAUGACAAGUUUGAGGACAAUGUUGUCAUUCAGAUCAAGUAUGGCCCUAUCGACUUCCAGGUCCGCGAGCCUGUUUCGCCUCUCUUCACCCACCUUCGCAGGACUGGUGCCACAGUUGAGCUUCAGAUCACCCAGGAAUAUCUUGGCCAACAAGCCCACGUCGUCUACCUCGCUCCCAUGUGGAAGGAACUCCUCGACUUUGACCUCCGCGUCGACAGCAAGCCCUCGACCCUGAAGUCCAUCGUGUCUGGCAAGCGCUUCGGCCAGAAGCUCACCGGGUACGCUGGUGUCGUCAACGUCGGCACCAAUACCACCUGGCUCGGCUCCCACCUGGCCAUGUCCAACCUCUACGCCUACGGCAAGCUCGCCUGGGACCCGGAGCAAACCUCCACCGGCAUCCUCAAGGAGUGGACCACCCUCACCUUCGGCCACGACAAGCUCGUCCACGACGUCAUCACCAAGAUCUCGAUGGAGUCCUGGCCCGCCUACGAGGAUUACUCCGGCAACCUCGGCAUCCAAACUCUAACCGACAUCCUCCUCGGCCACUACGGUCCCAACCCCGGCUCCCAAGACGGAAACCCCUGGGGUCAAUGGACUCGCGCCGACGAUGACACCAUCGGCAUGGACCGCACAGUAUGGAACGGCACCGGUUUCGCCGGCCAGUACCCCCCUGAAAUCGCGGCCAUGUACGAGAACAUUGAGACCACCCCCGACAACCUUCUGUUGUGGUUCCACCACGUCCCGUACACCCAAAAGCUCAAGUCGGGCAAGACAGUCAUUCAACACUUUUACGACGCCCACUACAAGGGCAGCGCCACGGCGCAGACAUUCGUCACCCUUUGGGAGAAGCUCAAGGGCCGGAUUGACAAAGAGCGCUACGAGCACGUUUUGUUCCGGCUCAUCUACCAGGCUGGCCAUUCGCUCGUCUGGCGUGACAGUGUGAACCAGUUUUACUUCAACAAGAGCGGUAUCCCUGAUGAACUCGGUCGUGUGGGCAACCACAAGUACAGGAUUGAAGCUGAGGAGAUGGAGCUCAAGGGGUAUAAGUCGUAUAGAGUCUCUCCCUUUGAGGCAGCAAGCGGGUAUCACUGUGUCGUUACCGAGACGAACAGCACUGUUGGCACUGCCACGACGAAGCUCAAGGUUCCGAGCGGGAAGUAUGACCUUGCGGUUAAUUACUAUGAUAUGGCGUUGGGGAAUUCGACCUGGGAGCUGUUUGUGGAUAGAAAGUUGGUGGGGAAGUGGAAGGGGGAUUUGGAGUAUGAGCUUGGACGGGCGCCGUCGCCAUAUAUUGAUGGGCAGACGGCCGCGAGGAAGACGUUUAGGGGGGUGAGGGUUAAGAAGGGGAGUGAGCUAAAGGUUGUGGGGAGGCCGGAUGGGUUGGAGCCGGCGCCGAUUGAUUAUAUUUCGGUGUUGCCCGAGGGUACUGUGGAUUAAGAAGGAGUAAUCUGUAUAUGUAUACGUGUUAGAUAUAUAACAGAAGCCAGACUUUUCAGGUCAGCUGAUUUUCGGCCAAUGUUGAGCCUCCUCAGCGGCUACUUUACCGUACACUUCAAGACAUACUAGGGCCGUUACCCAAUGUGAUCCCAGGAACUGGCCUCAUUUGCGGAGUAGGUGAGCUCUGCUACAA